CAUGAUUGGGCGAGAAGAGAGAGAGAGAGAAAGAGAAGCAAAGAUUCCACCUGAUUUGAAGAGGAAGUCGUGGAGAGAGAGAGAGAGAGAGAGGAGGGCAGAUUUUCUUCCGAUUUGAAGAAUCGCUUUGUUGUGCUCGUCACGGUGGAGGAGAAGAGACAGAUUCGAAUAUGAGUAUCUGAAUCUGUUAAAUUCGUGUUCUCAUCUCUCUCUAUCUCUCUCCACAUGAAGCUGUGGUGAAAGAUUUUUAUUUUUAUAUUUGGGGGUGGAGAGAUUUAGGGUUUGGAGUUGGUAAUUGGUGAAGAUGAACGUGAUGAUGCGUCGUCUCAAGAGCAUUACUUCGGGUCGGACCUCCAUUUCUUCGGAUCCUGGUUGUGUGGAGUCUGGUCUUAUUAAGAGACCCAAGCUCGAUCAAGACAAUGACAACUUAUCUUCUGGUGGUGACGAUCCGAUGCAGGUUGACCAAAACAAUGCUUGUACAGACAUGGUUUUGGCGUCACAAGAAAGUGUCGCCGGAACUUCAAAUGUGCCUGUAACAGUCGAUGAGCAGCUUCCCCAAGUAAUGAACGAAAUGAGAUUAAGAGAGGAGGAGCCUAAUGCCAACCGCGAGGAUGACAAAGAUAUAGAACCACCUAUUGUUAAUGGCUGUGGGACUGAAACUGGCCAAGUUAUUACAACCACCGUUGGAGGUCGUGAUGGAAAGCCGAAGCAGACUAUCUCAUACAUGGCCCAGAGAGUGGUUGGAACAGGCUCAUUCGGAGUUGUCUUCCAGGCCAAGUGUCUGGAAACGGGUGAACAAGUUGCAAUUAAGAAGGUUCUACAGGAUAAAAGAUACAAGAACAGAGAACUUCAGAUUAUGCGCUUGCAAGACCAUCCCAAUGUCGUCCGCCUCAGGCAUUCUUUCUUUUCAACAACUGACAAGGAUGAGCUCUAUCUUAACCUUGUCCUUGAGUUUGUUCCCGAGACUGUAUACAGAGCACUGAAGCACUAUACCAAAAUGAAUCAGCAUAUGCCAAUUAUCUUAGUUGAGCUCUACACCUAUCAGAUCUGCCGUGCGCUUAACUACUUACAUCGUGUAGUUGGGGUGUGUCAUCGUGACAUCAAGCCACAAAAUCUACUGGUCAAUCCUCAAACCCAUCAAUUAAAAAUAUGCGAUUUUGGAAGCGCAAAGAUGCUGGUGCCAAGUGAACCUAACAUAUCCUAUAUAUGCUCCCGAUACUACAGGGCCCCAGAACUUAUAUUCGGGGCAACAGAGUAUACCAAUGCCAUUGACAUGUGGUCUGGUGGCUGUGUUAUGGCAGAGCUUUUACUCGGUCAACCACUGUUUCCUGGGGAAAGUGGUAUUGAUCAGCUGGUGGAGAUUAUCAAGAUUCUUGGUACGCCGACAAGAGAAGAAAUACGGUGUAUGAAUCCAAAUUACACAGAGUUCAAGUUUCCUCAAAUAAAAGCUCACCCAUGGCACAAGAUUUUUCACAAGCGAAUGCCACCUGAAGCAGUAGACCUCGUCUCAAGAUUCCUCCAGUAUUCACCAAACCUUCGUUGCACUGCAUUGGAAGCUUGUGCACACCCCUUUUUUGAUGACUUACGAGACCCGAAUGUAUCACUGCCAAAUGGAAGAGCACUGCCUCCAUUGUUUAAUUUCACUCCCCAAGAACUUGCGGGAGCAUCAACAGAGCUGCGGCAGCGUCUAAUUCCAGCGCAUUGUCAGGGAACGGGAAGUAGCUCUUAGGAUCAUUCAUUGCGUUUCCAAAUUUUCAGCUUCCCCUCUCUCUCUACCUAUUUACUGGAGUCUGUGUAUCAGUUUUGUACCACUUUGUGCUGUCCAAGCUUGAGGAGAGAGUUUUGAAAUCUGAACGCUGAGGGACCAAAGGAGAUGUGAGUUGAACUUUCCAUCUCCAAUUUCAUUUUUUUUUCUUUUCCCCCACAAAUCUGAUCCCCUAAAAAUGUUUGAUGUAUCAUUUUUUAAUUAUUAUUAUUGUCUGUAAUCCAUCAAAAUUGUGUCCCUUGCCCUAAUAUCGCAAGCUUUGUGUCAACUAAGAUUCAGUUUUCUGUUCUAACCUCAAUUUGGUUAUUGGAUGAACAUGCACUUUUCUCUUUUGCAAAACACCAAAGCUUUUGAGA